GCCCGCCCCUGAGUCUGGAGCAGCAAGCGGCGGAGCUUCACUGGCUCUCCUCGCCUCCUCUCAGUGCGGGAAUACAACAGCGCAGAGCGGCAUGGACACGGAAGGGAGCCCGAGCAGCCUGUCGUCCGUCACGGACAACUCCCCCCACGACCCCUGCAAAAUGUUCAUCGGAGGUCUGAGUUGGCAGACGACACAAGAGGGCUUGAAGGACUACUUCUGCAAAUUCGGAGAGGUGAAGGAGUGCAUGGUGAUGCGAGAUCCUAUCACCAAAAGGUCGAGGGGGUUCGGGUUUGUCACAUACGCAGACCAGGCCGGCGUGGAAAAGGUGCUGGCUCAAAACAGACACGAGCUGGACUCCAAAACUAUCGACCCAAAAGUGGCUUUUCCUCGCCGUGCUCAGCCGAAGUUGGUCACGCGAACAAAGAAGAUCUUUGUCGGAGGACUCUCGGUCAACACCACCAUUGAAGACGUGAAGCAAUACUUUGAUCAAUUUGGAAAGGUCGACGAUGCCAUGCUUAUGUUCGACAAAACAACCAACAGACACAGAGGCUUUGGUUUUGUCACUUUUGAGAACGAAGAUGUGGUCGAGAAAGUGUGUGAGAUUCAUUUCCACGAGAUCAACAAUAAAAUGGUAGAGUGUAAGAAAGCACAGCCAAAGGAGGUGAUGACACCAACAAGUUCAGCCAGAGGUCGAUCCAGAGUGAUGCCCUAUGGGAUGGACGCCUUCAUGCUGGGCAUCGGCAUGCUUGGCUACCCAGGCUUCCAAACCACCACCUACACCAGCCGUAGUUACUCUGGAAUUGCGCCAGGUUACGCCUACCAGUUUCCAGAAUUCCAUUUAGAGAGGACCCCCCUCCUGACAUCUUCCCAUCCCCCUGAGCUGACAGCUAUUCCUUUUACUGCAUACGGACCAAUGGCAGCGGCGGCGGCGGCAGUCGUUCGAGGCGCCACCCCUUCUCGCACAGCUGGAUUUCUGAGUACCAGCAGCCCCGGACCAAUGGCUGACUUGUACGCCGCAGCGAAUCAGGACUCAGGAAUAAGCAGCUACAUCAGCGCGGCUAGCCCCGCCCCCAGCACAGGGUUCGGCCAUGGUCUCGGGGGUCCCCUGAUUGCUACUGCGUUUACUAACGGCUACCACUGAGUUGACUCGUGUCAUAGAUGAUUUGGAGGCUUCUCUUCUGCUGAUGAGCCAAUCGAAUGCUGAGUGCUCUUUGGCGGCACAACCCGAUUGGCUGGCCGCAGCUCCGCCUGGCUGUCCUGUGGCUAAACCCACCGACUGAAUAUCUUUUUAAAAACCUGAACUCUGUUUUUGCUGUACUAAUCUCACAUGAACAUAAUAUCCCAGCGUGUCCUCAUCUGGAUCAUCUUGAGACCCCACCAAUAUUUUUUUGAAACUGAGAAAACUGCAAAAAAAAAAAGGCUCUGGUGAAAACCGCAGAGGACUAUUUUUUUCAAAUUUUUACUGUAUCUCACUGUGUUAUGUUUUCAUCAUGAAAUCCUUGAGAGCUGUCCCUGAUAAAACACCGGGCACGAAGCGUUUUCCUCAAAAAAUCCUUUUUAACAUACAAAGAACAAAUCAACGACAAGUCAUUUUUCUAAGCUUCAUGGAAACACGGAGAAAAAAAAUGUAUAUUUUGAUAGUCUUUAAAAACAAACCUUUGUAAUAUUGUUAUUAAUAUUGACAUAAUAUGAUAAUCUGUGAGGUAUUUUAUUCUGUUAUUGGUUUGAAAGCAAUGUUUUUAUGUCUUCCUGUAAGAUAUUGUACAUAGACUUUGGGAUGAAGGGGAAGUGUGGGUGAGGGACUACUGAACCAGCUGGCAUGAAAUUGGUUGGUUUGGAGAGCUUCUAUUUCACUGGAAGUCGUCGAUAUGAAACGAUACGUGGUCAUCUCACUACUUAUUACGCAAGAGAAAAGUUCUUGUGUACAUUAUUGGCCAUUCCUCUCCAGCAUGGACGCAGUGUGGCACUGUCCAUAAUAAGGCAAAUACUUAUACCGGGAGUUUGUCUGGCAUUUAUGUUCUUUUUCAAAGUCAUCACAUUUUAAUGCUUUUCUGCGAGCAGCAGCUUUUUUUUUUUUUUUUUAUGUUGGUGAUACUGAUUUCUUGCUUCUGCAUGAAAACUACUUAAUGGACUAUGUCGAUGGAGUAAUUUUAAACUUAAAACCGGAAAAAUCAGGGCUUUGUCAGAUUGGGGGUGGGGGGUUGACUUGACUUUUUGGAUUUUUUUUUUUUUAUCCACUCACUUCUUCAUUUUUUUUUUUUUUUGUUUCCUUUCUAUGUGCUCUCACGGUGAAGCACCGUGGAAAUAAAUGAAGGACAUUCUCCGAGAAACAAGAUGUAGAAAACAUCUCAACCAUGUUCUGUUCUCUUCUCACUGCGGAAGGUGCAUGUGAACGCGUCAAAAGUGUGUGAGCGAGUAUUCGUGUGCUUACAUCAAAGGAUGAUACGGAAUGACUUGUGACCAGUUGCCUGUAUUUGGUACUGAUAUGAUCUCCCUGUUGCAUUUGGUUUCACUGCUUUCCACUGCUUCCCUCGCAUCACUUAUUUUGUAUUCACUGCUUUGUGCCCCUCCACGUUAUUGUUGAUGAUAUACAGUUGCUGCUCCAUUGUAAACGUUGGUGGAGGGGGUUUGGGCAGGGAACAUGAAAUGUAACAGGGUCUGGUCCCAGUGGGCUCUGAUAAAGGGUCUCGAUGGAGACAAACGCUGGCUGGAGGGCAAAGUCCAACGCUGGAACAAAUUCAACAUGUGCAAAAAAAAAAAAAGCGACCUGUUUGUUCAGCCUUGAUUCACGUUGAGCAUAGCAAGACACUUGAAGCCACUUCCUCAUCCAGCCAGUCAUUGCUGUCAGACCAUCUGGGACACGACACAAAACUACUGCUGGACACCGACACUGUAACUUUUGAACUUACAAUAAAGCAAUAAGUUAUUUUGUACCUUGCAAAUGAAAAUAGUGCUAUUAUUGGUAAAAGCAGACGAUGUGUGGAUAAUCUUGCGGCAUUAAGAUUUUAUUUUCAGAAAAAAAAGAGAUAUAUUUUUCUGUGUUGAGAUUUUGACCCCCUUGUGUUUUGACGAUCUGUCCUGUGUUGAUAUCAGGAAAAGGGCCAAAGGUUUGAAUUGAGCUUGUAGCGCUGACACGUUCAUAAAGAUGAGGGAUGGCCCCGCCAAGCUUUACAGCAAUUCUUUUCUUACCCCGACCCCCAGAUAAUUUGAAUUUUUAAAUCUUAAUAAAUUAUUCUAAAGUC